AUGACGGACCCUGCUGGAGCAAUAAAAGUCAACAACAAUGGGCAUGCUAGCCAGAGUGAUUGGGUGCUUGUAGGAGAGGGAAGCUUGAAGGGAGUUACCCUCAUGGUCAGUCGAUCUUCCGGCGAAGUGGUUUCUUUGAGCACUCGGUGCUGUCGAGACGAUGAUCGCUUCGAUCAAGUCCCGGACCUGACCAAGUACCCGGCGUUAGCAGUGCUCGACUUGCACAAGAGUCGAUACAUUACAGAAUUUGAUGCAUCUGUCUUGUCCAUGCCGCACAACUUGCGGCGUCUUUUGCUCUCUCGUUGCGAGAAGCUUUGUGCCAUAGCGCCAUCGCUAGGUACACUGACGAACCUGACUGAGUUAAACCUAUACGACUCGCCCUUGGUGGCGUCUCUUCCCGAGGAGAUUGGAAAUCUAACCAACUUGAAAAAGUUGACAUUUGGAGGGUCAAAUGGAGUUACGAACAAGGCACUCAAGGCCCUUCCUGAAUCUCUCGGCAAGCUCAGAAGCUUGGAGGAACUCAACUUGGACAGUUGCAAAGCACUUCGAACUCUCCCCGAGUCUGUUGGUCAGCUGAAGAAGCUUACCACAUUGCAUCUGAGGGCAUGCAAACAAUUUUCAGAUCUGCCAGAGUCUAUUGGAUUCUGCACCAAUCUUGUGGACGUGGUGUUUUCCAAAUGCACCUCGUUGAAGCGUCUCCCGGAGAGCAUUGGAAACUGGUCCGAACUGGAAGACCUGAACCUUACCAAGUGCAAAUCUUUGACUGUGAUCCCUGAUGGAAUUGGCGACUGCAAGAGACUUGUGCAUUUGAACUUGCGGGCUUGUUCCAAUCUGGAGUCCGUGCCUGUCACUCUGGAGAACCUCCCCCGUCUCCGUACGUUGGAUUUGACCAUGUGCGACAGUCUCAAGAUGGUGCCUACCUGGUUGGUCGGUGUUUCGUGGCGAAUGGAUCCCUUGGAUUUUUCGGACCGUGUCAAGGCUCAAAAGCAGCUUGCAGAGAAGAAGGCAUCCAUGGAAGAGUAG